ACUUCCGCUUCCUCCUUCCCUCUGCAUCCUCUUCAUUCCCGGUCUCUCCCGCUCCGCUCUCUCUCCGCCGCCACUCGGGCCUGCGACUCUGCGUCCUGAGCCGGGCCCGCGGCUUAGGCACUCUCCCAUUUCUAGCUUUUCCUUCCCGGCUCCGUCUUCUGAGGACUUGGAUUUUCCCAAAGACCAGGAAGAAGACGGAGUGGCCUCGGUGCUGCUGAUGGCCAGGGCCCACCAGGGGCCAGUGACCUUCAAGGAUGUGGCCGUGGACUUCUCCUGGGAGGAGUGGGGGCACCUGGGCCCUGCCCAGAAGAGGCUGUACCGGGAGGUGAUGCUGGAGAACUACAGGAACCUGGUCUGCCUGGGGCUUGCUGCUUCCAGUCCAGAGGUGGUCUGCCAGCUGGAGCGAGGAGAAGGGCCCUGGAUACCCGAGGGAGACGUCCCAGGAAGCAGCUGUGCAGGUUGGGAGACCAAGUUUUCAGCUCCAAAAAUGGGCAUUGCUAUCAAAGAAUCAUCUCAGGAAAUGCUAACAAGGGUUGACAUAUGUGUCUCUAAGCUAGAAGAAGCCUGGAAAUUUAAAGCCAAUUUAGGAACUCUUCAGAACAAUAAGGAAAAAAGUAUGCAUAAAUAUGAUCCCCACAGAGAAGGUGAGUAUGCUGAAUGUGGGAAACCCUUCACUUAUAGUUCAGGCCUUAUGGAGUAUCAGACAACUCAUGUUGGUAAGAAGCCUUAUGAAUGUCGUAAAUGUGGAAAGGCCUUUAGUCAGAGAGCAGAACUUAGGCAACAUCAGAGAAUUCAUACUGGAGAUAAACCUCAUGAAUGCAAUGAAUGUGGCAAGGCCUUCCGCCGUAGUUCCCAGCUUACUGAACAUCAGAGAAUUCAUACUGGAGAGAAACCUUAUGAUUGUCAGGAAUGUGGCAAAGCAUUCCGACAGAGGUCAAAACUUACUCGACAUCAGAGAAUUCAUACUGGAGAGAAAACUCACAUUUGUAAUGAAUGUGGAAAAGCCUUCCACCAGAGCUCAGCACUUAUUCAACAUCAAACAGUUCAUACUGGAGAGAAACCUUAUGAAUGUCAGGAAUGUGGGAAGGCCUUCAGCCUGAGCACACGAUUUAUUGUACACCAGCGAAUUCAUACUGGAGAAAAACCUUAUGAAUGUCAUGAAUGUGGAAAAGCCUUUCACCAGAGAACAGGACUUACUGAACAUCAGCGAAUUCAUACUGGAGAGAGAGCUUAUGAAUGUAACAAAUGUGGGAAGACAUUCUGCCAGAGAACAGGACUUACUCAACAUCAGAGAAUUCAUACUGGAGAGAAACCUUAUGAAUGUAAGGAAUGUGGGAAGGCCUUCUGCCAAAGAACAAGGCUUACUCAGCAUCAGAGAAUUCAUACUGGAGAGAAACCUUUUGAAUGUAAAGAAUGUGGGAAGGCCUUUCGGGUAAGAACACUACUUACUCAACAUCAGAUAAUUCAUACUGGAGAGAAACCUUUUGAAUGUAAGGAAUGUGGAAAGGCCUUUCGCCUGAGCACGGGGCUUAGUGAACAUCAGAGAAUUCACACUGGAGAGAAACCUUAUGAGUGUAAUGAGUGUGGGAAGGCUUUCCGGUGGAGUGCUGGGCUUAGUCGACAUCAGACAAUUCAUACUGGAGAAAAGCCUUUUGAAUGUGGUGAAUGUGGGAAGGCCUUUAGGCUUAGCACAGCACUUACAGAACAUCAGAGAAUUCAUACCGGAGAGAAGCCUUUUGAAUGUAAUGAAUGUGGAAAAGCCUUCCGUCUGAGCAUAGGACUUACUGAACAUCAGAGAAAUCAUACUGGAGAAAAACCAUAUGAAUGCAGUGAAUGUGGAAAGGCCUUCAGUCAGAGUACACAGCUUAAUCGACAUCAGAGAAUUCAUACUGGAGAGAAACCAUAUGAAUGCAAUGAAUGCGGGAAGGCCUUUUGCCAAAGAGCAAACCUCACACAACAUCAGACAGUUCACACUGGUGAGAAGCCUUAUGAAUGUAAUGAAUGUGGGAAAGCUUUUAGCCAAAGCACAGCACUUACUGGACAUCUGAGAAUUCAUACUGGAGAGAAACCUUAUGAAUGCAAUGAAUGUGGGAAGGCCUUCCGUCUGAGGACUGGACUUACUGAACAUCAACGAAUUCAUACUGGACAGAAACCAUAUGAAUGUAAUGAAUGUGGAAAGGCCUUCCGCCUGAGCAAACAGCUGACUCAACAUUAUAGAAUUCACACUGGAGACAGGCUUUAUGAAGGUAGAGCCUUUUGAAAGAAAUGAGUUUGAGGUUUUUAGCCAGAGCAUUCUUUUUCAGAAAGUAGAAAUUUCAACCUAAAGGAAACGCUGGAGGCAAAUCAUAUUCCCAUCUAAUUUCAUACAACAGUUGUUCCAGACCUUUUCCUCUCUGUUCAAGUCCCCAGUCACCUCCCUUCCAUAACUUCCACAUUUACAGAAGAUAAGUCACUAUUAAUUUACUGAGAUCUUUGUUCCUAUCUGAAAGGAGUUCAUCAAUUGCUCUUUUGUGCCCAUCAUUCCAUUCAUUCCUCUCCAAUUUCAAAUCAUUUGCCAUGUUUUAUCAACUUUAUCUCUACAAGAUGUCUAACAUCUUCCUCUCUACUCACAUAACCACAACCUUAGUUCAUGCCCUUAUCCUUCACCUGAACUAUUGCAAUAGCUUCCUAGUUAAUCUCCCUGCUUCCUAUCUCUGUGCUCCAAUCCAUUCUUUACCUAGUUUCCAAGAUAAUCACCCACAAGCACAGGCCUUUCUUUCUUUUUUUUUUAAGCACAAAUCUUUCUAUGUUGUUGCCCCACUCAGGAAUCUUUAGUGUCUCCCUUUUGCCUGUAGUGCAAACUAUAGACUCCUCUGGCAUUUGAAGCUUCUCCUAAGCUAACCCUAACCUGCUUUUCUGGUGUUAUUUCACCUUGCUUCUCCUCUUGCAUUCUGAUGUUCCAAAUGAACUGGCUAACUUUCUGUUCCCUGAACCUGAUGUUCCAUCUGCCUUUGCACCUUUCUGUUGACAUGGAAUUUUCUCUCUCCUACCUUCUAGUAGAACUCUUAGAAUUCCUCACUCCCAUGAAGGUUUACUCUAAGUGCUGUCUCCUACAUGGUCAUUCUAGAUAUUGUUGCUUCAUGGUGCCUACCCCCUUUACCCAGUCAUUUAGUGAAUGAAGUUUGCAAUUAGUCAUCCAUGUACAUUUCCACUGAGGAAAUGGAUUGUUUUGUUUCCAUCUUGUAAUUUUCCGCACCUAACACAAUGUCUU